AUGCUCCAGAUCGCGUCACAGAUCGCCGCGCAGGCGGACGGCGCGAACCCGGUCGAUCACAUGCUCGACCUCUACUUUGGCUUUCUUCGCCGAAAGACGGACUUCUUCAACAAGCCGUCCGAGUGCCGCCCCGCGGUGAUGCGCGCGUUCGAGCGCCAGGAGAAGAUCGUCGAGGCGAGCAAGUCGGACGCGCAGAAGCAGGCGGAGAAGAAGGCGGCGAAGGAGGCGGCCGCGGCGGAGAUCCGCGCGCGUCUCGAGAGGGAGGAGGAUGAAAAGCGCGCCGUCGAGGACGAGGCGCGGAGGAAGCGCACGCACGACGAGGCGGAGGACGACUACGACAAGCUCGCGCCCGGGACGCAGGCGCCGAACGCCGGGAACGGCGGCGAGGCGGAGCACUACACGUGGACGCAGACGCUCACGGAGGUGGACGUGCGGAUGCGCGUGCCGACGGGGACGACGUCGAAGCAGAUCGCGUGCGAGAUGACGCGGAAUCACCUCGCCUUCGGCCUCCGAGGCGAGCCGCCGCUGGUGAAGGGCGAGUGGCACGGCGAGGUGGUCCCGGACGACUGCUUCUGGACGAUGUGGGACAAGUCCACGGUGCAGCUGACGAUCCAGAAGAAGAGCGACAUGGAGUGGUGGAACGUCGUCGUGAAGGGGGACGCGGUGCCGAUCGACACGAAGAAGGUGCAGCCGGAGAAUUCAAACCUGAGCGACCUCGACGGCGAGACGCGGUCGACGGUGGAGAAGAUGAUGUACGAUAACGCGCAGAAGCAAAUGGGGAAGCCCACGAGCGACGAGCAGGCCAAGGCGGACGUUAUGAAGAAGUUCAUGGAGGCGCACCCGGAGAUGGACUUCUCGAACUGCAAGUUUAACUGA